GCCUGGCAGGUUUGAAGUCGAACAAUGCUCUCGGGGCCAUUGCACUCUGAUUACCUGAACUUCUGAGAUGUCGAAGGCGUCUUUGAUUUCUACCUUUUACCUACUGGGCUAUUUCAGUUUAAGGAGGGGUUGUAUUAUAGACCUCUGAUUGCUUUACAACUUUAGGAGCUGAUGCUUAUCUGCAAAAGAACGUGGACGCCUAGUACUGUAAUCGAAAAUGACUCAAGCCAACCAGCUCCUUGCAUCUGGAGUCAGGCAGGCGGGGAGAGCGGCCAGGGGAUACUGAUCCCGGGAAACUCGACAGCAAGUCCAGUCGCCGUCUGUAUGCCGGAGAGAUGACCGACUCACGGAACGUGAGCCUGGAGUUCUACUGCGGCUCCAACCCUCCCAAAGCCGCAGAAAUUUUACGGAAUCUGAAUUCGCCUGCCAUCAUUUUGUACAGUGUUCUCACUCUAAUGGCUGUAAUUGCAAAUCUUGUGUAUUGCGAGGAAGUUGUGUAUCUGCUGAGAAAAGUCCCAUCUUCAGACAGGAGAGCAACUAUAAUAUGGGUCAGCGGGGCUGCACCGGUGAUAGCGUCCGCAUCUUGUAUUGGCAUGUGGAUUCCUUUGGCAUCAAUGAUCACAGAUUUGACAAUAGCAGUAUACUUCGCAUUUGUUAUCCAUAAGUUCCAUCGGAUGAUGAUAGAAGAAUUUGGGGGUGAUGAAGCGUUCCUGAAACAUUUUGAAAAUACUCCUGUGAAGAUUAGUACAGGACCUUUGUGUUGCUGCUGCCUAUGUUUGCCUUUUGGAAGGAUUUCAAGGCGCCUGAUGUUCCUGCUGAAAUUGGGAACAUUUCAGCUGGCUUUCUUGCGUCCAGUUCUGAUGGUCUUCACGUUGGUCCUUUGGGUGAAUGGGACCUUUAGUCUUGAUGAUCUUACACCUAGCGGACCUGCGAUUUGGAUUAACACUUCCCUUGGCAUUUCCACAAUAUUUGCAUUGUGGCCAAUUGGAAUAAUUUUCAAUAAAGUCAGAGGUGAACUUAAAAAUCAGAAGAUAAUCCCUAAAUUCACCCUUUAUCAGAUUUCAUUCAUUCUUACUCAGCUCCAAUCUGCCAUUCUCAACAUAACGGCGUUGUCAGGAGGUUUGGCCUGCGCGCCUCCAUUUUCACCAACAGCCAGAGCAGCAUAUAUGAACCAGCAGCUUCUCAUAAUGGAGAUGUUUAUUAUAACUAUGCUAUCACGCAUUUACUACAGAAGAAGAUACAAUCCCCUAGAAAUAGAUGAAAUGCAAACCUCAGUAAAAACACAAAUACCCUAAACCUUGUGAAUUAUAGUAUGGCGUAAAGCAAAAUCUCAAGAGCAUAAGGCAAUAAUUGAACAUAGUUUACUAGAUUUGUAUUGAGGUAUUGACAGUUCCCCACUCCUCUUUCGGGCAUUCCAGUAACACCAGUUUUUCAAUAAAGAUGUUUGAUUAGAUCCUGAGAGCUUUUACAUUUGACUUAAUUGAUAGUUUUGUCAUAAAGCAACUGUUUUCAAUAAUAUGACAAUAGUUUGACUAUUUUCAUCAGUGGGAUUAAAGGGUGCGUGUAUGUUAUCUACAAGUCUACUCACACAGCCCUGACAAACCAGAUAUCAUGUUCACAUCAGCCUCUGGUCAGGAAAUUAUGGGUGUACUGUCUGAAUUAUAGAGUAAAUUUUAAAUGAAA